AUGGCGCGCGAGCAUAUCGAACAAGAGCCACACCGCCACAAUUCAUGGCGCCCUUCAGACGGUCCGCUACCACACCGAGGUCUCCAACAAUCGUCUGUGCAGUCUGAGUCGAUCGCGCCAUCUCGCAUGACAGCGCGAGCAUCUCAUCUUAGCCUCUCACAGCCGCUGCUAUAUGACUCGCGCCUCGUACCUGUUACCCAUGGCACGUCCGAGCCGCCUCGUCAAGCUUUCAAAAACCCAAACCUGAUUCCUGUCGUGUCACGCCGUCCGCAAAACACAAAGGUCGCGUCACCGAAUGUAAAUUUACAGCAGCAUGGUGAGCUUGAGGAGGAGCGACUACCUCAGAUCUGGCAUCCAUCCAUGGAUGACCUCAUGAGACGCACAGCACACGACUACGACAUGGUUAUGAACUAUGAGCGCGAUGCUGAAGGCGGACAGCGCUGGUUGUCCGAGGAUAUCGCUACAAUCCGAGACGUGGGCAAGCGCUUACACAGCGACAUCUUCGCUUUGAGGCAUUGGCAGCGCGUCAUUGCUCAGCAGGGAGAUCAGGACAAGAAGAUGAUGCAGCAGGUCAAGCGGGACGCAAACUUCCUGAAGCUAUUGUGCGAGCGUAUCCAGAGGGCGAUCAACAGAUACGAACAGAAGUGCGAGUUCGAGCUCAUGCGCGACGGUGUCUACGCACAAGACGAAGAUGGCAAUUUUUACAAGCCUAUUGCCCCACACCAAUAUGUAGCUGGCGUUGGCUUUCUACAGGACGUUACACGACCAAGCAUCGAGAUUACGGAAGGCGACCGUCCGAGCCUACAUGACGAUCGCGCAAUCUCGUUACACAAGGAGUGCUAUGAUAAGACCACAGGCCCGGAAGAGAUUCGGAUGAUUCCAGAGGAAGCUCAGCGGUCGCCCAAAUACCCGCCAAAGCGCAACCCUGCUUUCGACUUCGCGUCUCGGCAAGCCCCUUUCGACGAGAUGAAGACAGAAGCUGCAUGCCAGAGCGCUCCUCGUCGAAGUGACAGAGUACUCGAUGCCAGAAUCUCCAAGGGUCGCCGAGAUGUGCCUCCCGGUAAAGCCCCCUUUCCCUUCCACCAGCUCUUCGUCUGAAUUAGCGUACUGACCCUUUCAGCCCACAAGCGCUGUAGCCUUUCCCCGGACCCCGACACAUUCCCAGACCGACCGACAUCUUACAAGGGAAGUCGGGAGCGUGCGCGAAACAACAUAUACGAACGGAAUGGGAUGUCGCGACGUCAAGCCAAGAGAGACCGCAGCCGGACUGCAGGCCGCUUGGGCAGAUAUCGUCUUCACUACUGA